CUGACAAAACUACGUCAUCACCUGUAGUUACAGAAUGGUCUUGGUGUGUUGGAGCUAUAUAAAUAGAGGGGAUCUGUACAAAUGUGAGAACAGACUUGAAACCAAAUUGUGCAUCACACAGCACGUCUGUUCUACUGUAGCUACAAAUGUCUAUUAGUAGUUUUUCCCCUUCUGCAAAGGAGACCUACUCAACAAUGGAAAGCGCAAACAGCUAUCUGAAUGGAGACAUGAGCUGCAAUCAUUUAAACAGCUACACCAAUGGGACAACUGAUGUGAAGAUGACUUUAAAGCAGCAAAUACUAAACCAAUGCAACAAGGACCUGAAUGCGCAGGAUGCCGCGUCAACGUUAGAAAAAGCAUAUACUGCCAUCCUCAGAGAGCUUGGUGAGAAUCCUGACAGGGAAGGACUGCUGAAGACCCCAAGCAGAGCUGCAAAAGCUAUGCAAUUCCUCACCAAAGGCUAUCAAGAGACAAUACACGACAUACUAAACAAUGCAAUAUUCGACGAAGAUCACGAUGAGAUAGUAAUUGUAAAGGGCAUUGAUGUUUUUUCGCUAUGUGAACAUCACCUGGUACCGUUUUUUGGAAAGGUGCACAUUGGUUACCUGCCAAACAAGAAAGUUGUUGGAUUAAGCAAACUAGCAAGGAUUGUUGAAAUCUACAGUCGAAGGCUACAAGUUCAAGAGAGGCUCACUAAACAGAUUGCAUUAGCAAUCAACGAGGCUCUUCAACCAGCGGGAGUAGCUGUUGUCAUGGAAGCUUCGCACAUGUGUAUGGUAAUGAGAGGGGUACAGAAAAUCAACAGUCGGACCGUUACCAGUACAAUGCACGGAGUUUUCAGAGACGAUCCAAAGACCAGGGAAGAAUUCCUUUCCUUAAUCAAGAGCUAGGAUAUAGCAGAGCAACAAAAAAUUUGUACAAGUGUAAUAGUUGUACUUGACUGAUAUAAUCAUACUGUAAACUUUGAAAUUUACAAGCGAUGGUGCUAGUUUUUUUUCCAUAUAAUAAUUUUACGUAUAAAGUGAAAUUACAAAUUCAAAUUAAAAAAUAUAUAUGUAUAA